AAUUCCAUUUUACGCCAUCUACCAUCGUCUUCCUCUGUUCAUCUCAGCCACAACAAUGGCGCAAGAAAUUUACUACGAAGGUUACACAUUAGACGGAGAAUUCACCAGAUUCAUCAAAGUAUGGAUCUCCGUAUUCCUAUCACUUUCCUACUCCUUCGCCGUCGCCAAACUAAUCCCUAAAGGUAUUCUCAGACUCGUCUCAUUCCUUCCAAUCAUCUCUCUCUUCUUCUUCCUCCCACUCAAUCUCCAUUCAAUGCAUCUCGGCGGCACAAGCGCCUUCUUUAUCGCCUGGUUAGCCAAUUUCAAACUCAUCCUCUACGCCUUCAACACCGGUCCUCUUUCCGAUCAAUCUCUAUCUCUCCCCAAAUUCCUCGCCGUCGCCUGUUUCCCUAUCAAGAUCCAGAACCAGACUAACUCUAAACAACAACAACAACCUAUGACCGUUCAAAAACCUGUCUGGAGUUACGCGAUUAAGGUUUUAGUUAUGGUGUCGUUGACUUGGAUCUAUCGUUUUACAGACCGAAUGCAUCCGAAUCUAUUGAGAAUCGUGUAUUUAGUUCAUAUCUACUCUAUGUUGGAAUUGAUACUAGGGAUGGUUGCAAGUUUAGUUCAGAUCUGUCUUGGAUUGGAAUUGGAAGCUCAAUUCAACGAACCGUAUUUAUCUACGUCACUUCAGGAUUUUUGGGGAAGGAGAUGGAAUAUAAUGGUGUCUGGAAUCCUACGUCCGACUGUGUACGAUCCCUGUCUGAGGAUUUUGGCGACGAUAUUGGAUCGUAAAGUAGCGGCGAUGGUGGGGGUAUUUGCGACGUUUGUUGUGUCGGGAAUUAUGCAUGAGUUGAUAUUCUUUUACUUCAGGCGGAGUAAACCUACAUGGGUUGUGAUGUGGUUCUUUGUAUUUCAUGGGUUUUGUUUAUCGGCGGAGAUUGCGGUGAAGAAAGCGGUUAAUGGGAGGUUUAGGGUGGCGAAAAUGGUUGUGAGGGCGGUAACAGUUGUGUUUGUUAUGGUUACUGGGUUUUGGUGGUUCUUGCCGGAGUUGCUAAGAUGUCAUGCUGAGGAAAGAUCGUUUACAGAGUAUAGAAUUUUGGGGGAGAUGGUUAAUGGUUUGGUUUUUAAUGGAUUUUGAUCAACAUGUCAUCUCAUUUCAUUUCAUUUGGGUAAACUUAUGGGGACAUUACUUCAAUUCAGGUAUGUAACACUAAUUUUUUUGUAACAAGUUAAAACAAAAAAAUUAUAAUUGGGUUUCACAUCAUUAUCAUUGAGCUAACUUGAGUUGAGAACUGUUGUUGGAUUGUA